UUUGCAGGUGUAUCUAAUAUUAAAGACCAUUGCCUUCCGAAUGAGAAUUCAUAUCGAGAUCUGUAUUAUCAGUUUUUUGAAUCACAAGGGACACAUGGUAAUAACCUUGCAUGCAGAACACAUCAUUCAGUUUGGAAUUACCUGAGGCAUAUCUCGACUGAUCAAUAUAACUACAAUUCUUGUCAGAAAGAUAUAAUAUACCAUCUAAGUUAUGCAUUUGAAAUACACCCUGACCAUUGUGUAUGCACUGCAAAUUCUCAGCAAACAAGUGGUCAGCACAAUAAUAGCCACCAAGGGCAUACGGCCGAUUCAUGCAGUCAAUACAGCAGUUACAAUCGACUCCUUGACCUUGGAAAUACGAAGGACUGUUUGAGUGCAAACUCAGUCUGGCACUUUCUAGAUGAGCUCCAAGUCAAGAGUUCAGAAUGUCGAAAGAAAAUUCAGAAUCAUAUGGCCAACGAAUACCAACAUGCAACUUCACAGCAUUACGAUGGGUGUAUAUGUCACGCGCGUGCAGCGCUUCAAAACCACGAAAUAUACAGAAUAAAUAACGGAAGCCUGCUUGACUGUAGGGAUCACACACGCGAUAGCUUAUAUCAAGAAAUUGAUCACAGACUGUUUUCCAAUAUUGAAGCACAAGGGUGUAUGAACCAUAAUUACCUGUGGCCAAACCUUGAGAAUGUGAAAGAUCACUGUUACGAUGACCAUCGUUGUAUCGAUUGUCAACAAGAUCUAAUAAUCAGAGCAGCAUUGAAAUACCCGAGUGAUCAUAGUGACAGCUGCGAAUGUUCUAGGAUUUCAGCUACAACUAAACAAUCAACACCAACAAGCACUGCAACCACGCCCACUACCACACCCACAACCACGACUUCAUCUACGCCCACAACCUCGCCCACAACCACGCCCAUAACCAUGACUACAACUACGACCACAAACACGUCCACUACCACACCCACAACCACGACUACAUCUACUACCCAAACCACGCCCACAACCACGACUACAACCACGCCCACAACCACGCCCAUAACCACGACUACAACUACGACCACAAACACGUCCACUACCACACCCACAACCACGACUACAUCUACUACCCAAACCACGCCCACAACCACGACUACAACCACGCCCACAACCACUCCCAUAGCCGAGACUACAACUACGGCCACAACCAUGACUACAACUACGACCACAACCACGCCCACUCGGUCGACAACAGUUAUGGUAUCUGCUACAUCUCCAACAGUCAUUCAGCCGUCGACGACUGCUAGUCAGACACCACGACCAACUCCUACUGUAAGAUUUUCAUGUAACAAGCUGGCAGUAAUAGAGGGUAUCGCAAAAUCAAUAAUAGCGACUGCUCCAAAUUCCAGUUAUUGCAAUCCUGCAGCUUGUGGUUCUGACGACUCUUAUGUCCUGUCCACGUGCAAAAUUACGUCACCUAUGACGUGGAAAAGAGGAGCAAACGUUUUGGCAGACUGCCAGUCGGGCAACACAUUAAUACCGACCUACACACCAGUGUCAACUUUUGAAACUGAAAACUAUGUCCCAUUAGGAGCACAGAGCGGCAUCUUCCUUGGCUGUCACAACUCUGGUAUCAAGAUUGCAGUUCAAAAGUGUAAUUCAGCGCCAGAAAUUCUGAACAUUGAAAACGGAGUCUUUUUAAAUAAUCCUAGCAAUUACUUUGUUAUUGUUUGAGUAGCAAAUAAACUGUUUUCCCACUUUUA